AUGUCCCACGUAGUUAAGGCUGACGAGGACGACCCAGUGGUGGCCAGCUACGACCUAGUGCUUUCGCAUGAGCUUCAGGAUGCCCUCUAUCUGCUGCAGUACCCGACCAAGCCGCGCGGAGAGGGCGUGGCAGUGUCGAGCGUGCAUGAGGUGAAAGUCAAGCCUGAGGCGCGGGUGCUCCGGAUGGAGGUGGAGAUGCACGACAAGGUGAACACCAACGACAAGCCGGAUCAUCCGUUCCACCACUCGCAGUUCGAGUCCAAGCUCAUUCCACUGCCGACAGAGCAGUGCGUAGUGACCAUGGCUAACGGGGUGGCGACGCUCUCGCCGCUGACCAACGUCCUCCAGAUGCGGCCGUAUCUGGGCCAUUUGGACGCCUCGCCCGAAGACGAGAUCGCGCCCAUGGAGACCGAGGAGGCCAAGCCGAAGAGCUCGCGGGUCGAGGUCAAGAUUGCACGGCCCGAGUCGCAAAUGGCCCGUGAUCGCCGGCAGAACUCGUACGCAUACAUGGCCUCGCUCAUCGAGGAGGAAGAGUGGCUGACGCUGCUGCCGCUCGCGCCCGGCUGUGGCUCGCCCGACGCCGACGCCGACGAGGCCCUGCUCUCGGCCUCGCAAGUCGCACCGUCGCCUGCCCUCGAGCGCGCCCUCACUGUUGCUGAGUACCUCAACGCGUUCUGCCCACCGGCCACGGCCUCGUCGGGCCUCAAGACCUCGUCGGCGCGCGGCCAGAUGCUGGCAUCGGCGGCGGCGUCAGCGUCGGCUGUUGUCUCGACCUCGCUCGUCUCGCGGCUGCGGCUUCUGGAGCCGGCCGCGCGGCUGACCGAGAUCCUUGUCCGCGUCAAUGUCAUCGGCCACCCGCAGCUGGCCUCUUACUUUCCGGAUGUGCCCGUUGACGCCUUUCCGGCCCUCCUCGGCUCGAACGUCUUCUGGAUCCACUCGCGAUGGGUGGUGGCACCCGACGUGGUCGAGACCGAGCCGCGAACCGUUCGCGCCCGCACGUAUCUGAUGGCGGUGCUGGCGGCGUCGCCGACGGCCUCGGUCCGCCGCGAAAAGCUCGCCGGCCGGCUAGCCCUCGAGUCGCAGUGGGCGACAGAGGUGCUCUCGUCCAUCGCCGAGGUCAACGGCCAGCUGUGGACGCUCAAGGAGGCGACCGCCGCCGGUGCCGGCGCCAUCCUGCCGCCGGACCUCGCCGCCUCCGCUGCCGAUGCCACUGCCGGCCUCCUCGCCGCUCUCCCUGACCUCACUGCCGAGAUGGAGGCGUCAGCGUCCGAGGCCGACCCGCUCUCCGGCACUGCCCCGCUUACCGAGCAGAUCAAGGCGCUGACUGACAUCAUUCUCGCCGCCCGCGAGGCUGCGCCCGACAAGGACCCGGUCAUGGUCCUCGUCGACGCACUCCUCGACACCUAUGGCGUCAUCUCGCUCGAGGGCGCCUCCAAGCGGCUGCAGCUCCUCGUUCCCAACCAGACGCUCGGCUUUGGCUCGGCCGGCGCCGCCCACCUCCACGACAUCCUCUCCAUGUCUACCCGCUACACCUGCCUUUCGGCCUCGCCGGCUAAGCCCUCGACCGAGUACGUCCGCGCUCAUGUGAUUGGCCAGGAGCCGUUCCCGGCCGUCCGCUCAGCGCUCAUCGCCCUCCUCGACGCCGACGGCUUUGAUGCCCUCCUCUCGUUCGAGUCCGCCGCCAACUACUGGGUCCACGCCCGCGUCGUCGACGAGCUCUCCUACAUCUCGCCCUCCACCUCGGCCCGCAUCCUCAAGUCCGGCCUCGGCACCGCUGAUGAGGCUCUCUCCUCCCGUCGGGUCCACUCUUGA